AGCUUGGCGCAAGCUGCGGCCAGGGCCCCUUGCCCAGCCCCCAUCCCACCCUCGCCCGCGCAGGGCCAUUUAGCGUCGGUGGUCUGGGACGCAUCGGGCCGCACACGCGAUGAUGUCGCGGCUGCUCCCGCGCCCUUCGGUGGCCUUCCGCCGGCUUGGCGCCGCCGCCGGCGGGGCUCGGCCGGCCGGCCGCCUGCCGCUGGCGAGGCAUGCUAUGACGUCGGUGCAGGACAUCGAGCUCGCGGUCGAGACCCGCGCCUCGACGGCCAAGCGGGAGCUUGCCAUCCUCGCGCAAGCCUUCGCGCGGUACGACGGUGACGGCUCUGGUGGCCUAGACCCCUCGCAGAUUCAGCAGGUGCUGGACGACCUUCAGAUCCCGCACGGCGAGAUCGACGUGCACGAGCUCUUCGGGCAGCUGGACAUCAACCAGGACGGAUCAGUGGAGCUGCACGAAUGGCUCGACAACAUGCCCCGGGGCACGAAGCUGAAGAUCAUGCAGUUCCAGGACAGGACGGGCGAUCUGGUCCAGUUCAAGAUCCCAGACGUGAAGAUCCAGUACACGAUGACGGAUGAGGCUCCCGCGUUGGCCACUUAUUCUUUGUUGCCGGUGUUGCGUUCGUUCUGCCGCACGGUCGGCGUUAAGAUCAUGAAGAAGGACAUUUCGGUGGCCGGUCGUAUCCGCGCCGAGUUUCCAGACUACCUUAAGCACGACCAGCAAGUCAGCGACGAGUUGACAGAACUCGGGGACUUAGCGAAGACCCCUGCCGCGAACAUCGUGAAGUUGCCGAACGUGUCCGCAUCUGUGCCGCAGCUCAUCGCCGCUAUCGCCGAGUUGCAAGGCAAGGGCUUCGCAGUACCCGACUACCCCGCCGAACCCAAGACUGAGAAAGAGCAGGAGAUCAAGGCGAGGUAUGGCAAGAUCAUCGGGAGUGCCGUCAACCCAGUCUUGCGGGAGGGCAACUCGGACCGCCGCGUGGCGAGGCCCGUGAAGGAGUACGCCAUGAACAAUCCGCACAAGGUAGGCAAGUGGUCCCCAGACUCGAAGAGCAAGGUGGCUCACAUGACAGAUGGAGAUUUCUUUUCGAGCGAGCAGUCGUGGACCGGCCCCAACCGGCGCACGAGCGUGCGCAUCGAGCUCGUCCACGCGGGCGGCACCACGGUGUUGAAGCCGAAGACGCCAUUGCUGCCUGGGGAGAUCAUCGACGCUGCUACCAUGCAGGCUUCCGCCUUGCGCGAGUUCUACAAGCAGGAGAUCGCCUCGAUGGAGCCAGGCGUCCUCUUUUCUCUCCACCUCAAGGCGACAAUGAUGAAGGUCUCAGACCCCAUCAUGUUCGGGCAUUGCGUGGAGGUAUUUUUUGAAAAGGCGUUCCAGAAGCACUCCGCGCUCUUCAAGGAGAUCGGCGUGAACCCGAACAACGGGAUCGGCGAUGUGUACAAUAAGAUCCAAGGGCAUCCAAAGCAGGCCGAAGUGGAGGCUGACAUUGCAGCCUGCAUCGAGUCUCAGCCCGAGAUGGCGUACGUCGACUCGAACAAAGGUAUCACUAACCUUCACGUGCCCUCCGAUGUGAUCGUGGACGCCUCCAUGGCGGCCGCCAUCCGCGACUCUGGCAAAAUGUGGUCCAAGGCGGAUAAGCUGACGGACACAAAAUUCGUGAUCCCCGACCGCUGCUACGCUGGCAUUUACCAGACCAUCAUCGAGGAUUGCCAGAAGAAUGGCCACCUGGACCCGUCGGUGAUCGGGGCUACGUCCAACGUGGGUCUGAUGGCGGCCAAGGCGGAGGAGUACGGCUCCCACGACAAGACGUUCCUAAUUCCCGAGGACGGCAUCGUGAACGUGGUUGGGCGGAAGACCGGGAAGACGAUCUUCAGCCACAAGGUCUCGAAAGGGGACAUUUGGCGCAUGUGCCAGACGAAGGACGACUCCAUCGCGGACUGGGUCAAGCUGGCAGUGGUGCGCGCACAGCGCCAGCAGGUCCCGGCCAUUUUCUGGCUGUCCGAGCAGCGCGCCCACGACCGCGAGAUGAUCGCCAAGGUCAGGACCCACCUUCAGGAGCAUGACACCACCGGCCUGCACAUCGACAUUAUGGCCCCAGAGGAGGCGAUGAAGUUCACGCUGGCGCGAGCCCGCAGUGGCCAGGACACGAUCACCGUCACUGGCAACGUGCUGCGCGACUACCUGACUGACCUCUUCCCCAUCAUCGAGCUGGGCACCAGCGCCAAAAUGCUUUCGGUCGUUCCGCUGCUCGCCGGCGGGGGCAUGUUCGAGACUGGAGCCGGAGGCUCCGCCCCUAAGCACGUGCAGCAGUUCGUGAAGGAGGGGCACCUCCGGUGGGACUCGCUGGGCGAGUUCCUCGCGAUGGCGGUCUCUCUGGAGGACCUUUCCGCCAAGACCGGUAACAAGGACGCCGCGGUCAUGGCGGAGGCGCUGAACAAGGCGGUGGGCAAUUUGUUGAACAAGGGCAAGUCGCCGAGGCGCUCGGUGAUGGAGCUGGACAACCGGGGCUCGCACUUCUACCUGGCACUCUACUGGGCCCAGGCGCUGGCGGAACAGGACAAGGCGCCAGUGCUGAAGGAGCGUUUCGCGCCAGUGGCGGCGCAAUUGAAGGCGAGCGAGCCGCGGAUCCUGGGCGAGCUCAUCGCCGCGGAGGGCAGGCCGGUGGACUUGGGCGGCUACUACAUGCCGGACCCGUUCUUGGCGUCGCAGGCCAUGCGCCCGAGCGCCACAUUCAACUCCAUCAUCGACGCCCUCCUGGCCACGAGCGGUUGGUAGAGCGGAGAGUCUGGGCCGAGCUGCGCCCCGUGCUGACGACGAGGAGGAGGAGGACGAAGAAGGUGCGGGGAGAGCGGGGAGGAAGGGGACAAAGGCUCAAGUUCCGGAUUGCCUCGCGCAGGGCCCGUGUCUCCCAGAUGUAUGACAGGGGCGUUCGCCUACCCUGAGACGGCGGAACGCUGAUGCAGCGGAUGCUUACAGUUGUCCCAAACUUUUUAUCUCACGGUGAAGUGGCUCUUCACAUUUUGGUGCAUUGGCACACGUGCUAGCGGAACAGUGCAGCGCCGCGUUUCUCUUUGUGAUGCGCCCCACCAAAAUCACAGUAUUUUCGUGCAGCUCCUCUGGACAGUCAGGCUACACUAUUGCG